CAAGGUUUGGGCUCUGGGCACCCGGUUUCCUCCUCCUGUGUCUGCCCAAAGGGCCGCGGCUCCUGCCCUGGGGGUGGGUCUCUGGGCUGCCCCACCCGCCAUGGGUGCUGGGGGUCGGCUGGGGGGGGGGGGAAGAAGACGCCGGCCCCUUCCAGGCCUGGCGCCCCGGGCAUGGAGUGAAACCCAGGGCAGGCUCGGGGCCCUGAUCCCGCUCCGCCCGGGAGGGGUCCGUACCCCCCCUGCUGGGCGGCCUCUGAGCGCCGGUCUCGCCCCCCACGCCGGGUCAGGCCAAGAUGGCGCCCCCUCCCGGCUUCCGUGCCGUGGGUGUCGUCACUUCCGGUGGGCUGACCGCGGGGCGCCCCGACCGGUCGGCUGGCGGAAGUUCCGGUCGGAGAGGCAGGAGAGUGUGUCUGGGAGCCGGGGAGAGAGAGAGCGAGCGAGAGAGAGAGGUGCCAGCUGUUGGAGUCCCUUUCAGUGUAUGUGUGGUAACAACAUGUCUGUCCCCCUCCUUGCUGAUGCAGUGACUGUUUCAGGGGCAGAACGGGAGACUGCAGCGGUCAUUUUUUUACAUGGGCUCGGAGACACAGGGCACAGCUGGGCUGAGGCGCUAUCCUCCAUCCGACUCCCAUAUGUGAAAUAUAUCUGCCCUCAUGCGCCCAGGAUUCCUGUAACCCUCAACAUGAAGAUGGUCAUGCCCUCCUGGUUUGAUCUGAUGGGGCUGAGUCCAGACGCGCCUGAGGACGAAGCUGGAAUCAAGAAAGCAUCUGAAAACCUUAAAGCAGUUAUCGAGCAUGAGAUCAAGAAUGGCAUCCCACCCAACCGCAUCAUCCUCGGGGGCUUCUCGCAGGGUGGAGCUCUAUCGCUCUACACGGCGCUCACCUCCCAGUACCAGCUGGCUGGCAUCGUGGCGCUCAGCUGCUGGCUCCCACUGCACAAGGCCUUCCCUCAGGCAGCGUGCAACGGCGUGAACAAGGAUAUUGCCAUCCUGCAGUGUCACGGGGAGAUGGACCCCAUGAUCCCUGUCCGCUUCGGAGCCCUCACCGCCGAGAAGCUGAAGUCCGUUGUCACCCCCACCAAGGUUCAAUUCAAAACCUACCCCGGAAUGAUGCACAGCUCCUGCCCUCAGGAGAUGAUGGCGGUGAAGGAAUUCAUUGAGAAGCUGCUGCCCCGGAUCUAAGCGGAGCCACUCGAGACUGUCGCAGGGAAAGGGCGCAAGGUCACCGCCUCUGAUCUUUCCCGCUGAUCCUGUCUGCUGCAAACAGAAGCCAUGGCAACCAACCUCAACUCCAGUUGUUUUCCCUCCCUUCAGUCCUUCCCUCUCCUGUCUCUUCUGCACCACGGUCCCUCAGGCAGGUGGGGUGUUGCUCCCCGAGUUGAGAGUGGAGCUGUUUAAGGUAGAGACUGUCCCAAGUCCAGUGUGGCCUUAUCUCUCAAUCCCCUUGAUUUUCCUGUAUCAGACCUGGCUGUGGAGGUGGGCUCAGCACUAUCUCAGGCUGAUUUCCAUGGUCUCCUGGCUUUUCUCUCCUGUUACAGUAUUAGCAGGGAGUCCCUCCCCCUGGAAAGCAGGAGGAGAUGACUGGGAUCCGGGGGGGGGCUGCUGGCCCAUGAUCCCCUGAGCUUGGGCUCGAGAGCUUUGCAAAGCUACCUAGAAAGGCCCGAUGACCCGCUCUGUGGCCCACCAUGGCUGGGGAGCGGCUCGGGGGGGUCAUGGCCUCUCGGCAGGUGCACAGCCCUUUGGUCUCCAUGGUGGGAUGAUUCAGAGGGUUUUAAAACAAAUCAGCCUCUGGAACCCGAAACUCCAGGGGGCCCAGCUCAGGGGCCAUUGGUCCAGAGAGCGCUACACUGGGACUGUACCUUAAACUCUGCUCCCUCUCCCAGCAGCACAGCUCAGGGAGUGGGCAGCACACGUGGGUUGGAAGGGAGCCCCCUACGUUCUCCCCGCCCACACCCCCUCCUGCCAUGCGCUCUGUUACACACACCCCCCAACAGGAAGGCAGCCAUGCCCACGGGCUCCACACUGCGUCUGAUCGUGUCUCCGCUGCCAGGGCACAGCUGUUACAGAGAUAAUCGAGGGAUUUCCUUCUCCUUCUGUUGCUCUUUACAAUCUUCUCCGUUCUGCGUGCUGGGACAUCCCAGAGCGCGUCUGUCUCCUCUCAUCGCCGCACUGUUAGAAGCCAGGAGAGGAGGCAAAGACAAAUCGCUGCAGUUUACAGCCAGCUUCCUAGUGAUCUCCCCUGAGACCUGCCCUGGGUGCUGGCCCAGUCAGGAGGGUCUCUUGCUGCUACUCCUUCCUCUCACAGCAGGGUCAGGUGGGGUGGGAGGGCAGAAGGAAAAGCUCCAGCUGAUGCUCUUGUCCUAGGCUGGGAGAGAUGCAGGAAGGAGACUCGCUCCCAGCCUCCUCCUCUCACCAGCAUCUGCUAUGGCCCAUGUCAGCUCAGCUGUCUCUCUGUCUCUUCUUUAAGGGCAAAUGCUGGAGAACCUUUUCCCCCUGUCCAGGGGGCUGCCAGUCCCAGAUCACCCCUUGGGGCCAGUCGCUGCUACGCCCACAGCACCCUGAGGGCUCUGCACGCUUGCCCGUAGGCACUACCCUGCUGGCCCGAGGCAGGGAGCGUCCCUGUGGGGAAUGUGAGAGCGUCCCUAAGAGCAGAAUCGCCUGCAUGAAGAGUCACCUGAGCCUGCCACAUGGGGUUUGGCCCUCUUCACGGAAUGCUGGGUCCUUCCUGCCCUGUUCAGCGGAGCCCCUAGUGCUGGCACAGGGAUAGGGGGAUGUGGCAUCUGGUGCUGGCUGAUCUACCUUGGCAGGCAGAGCAGCACCCCACAGCCGAGAGGACCUGUUCUCUCUCCCUCAGAGGAUCCCUCCUCUUCUCUCCCCCACCCCUAGAGUGACCAGAGGGCAAGUGUGAAAAAUCGGGACGGGGGUAGGGGGCAAAUAGGAGCCUAUAUAAGAAAAAGCCCCCAAAAUUGGGACAUCUGGUCACCCUACCCACGCCCUUCCAGCUGAGGGCUAGCCUCUCCCUGAAGAGGCAGAGGGUGGUUGCUGUUGAACAGCAUAGGCCUUCUCCCUCCGGUCGGCUCAGCCUGCUGGAGCAUAAUUGGGGCUGGAAAAUCAAGCUGUAAAUGUCUUUUAAAGAAACCUCUUUGGCUAAGGGCUGAAUUCCUUAUUCCUCCUGCCGUCGCUGUCUCCAUCUGCUGAGACAGCCCCCCGCUUGGCAUAGACUUAGCCAGCAAGGCAGUGUGGACUGGGGCUCAGCCCCCUGCCUGCUCAGGGCUAGAACUGCACUGGGGAUGCCAGUGUGUUGAGGGGUUGGAUGAGCUAGGUGGGGCAUCAACUGCCUCCCGCCACUGGAGCCCUAGGGCCUGCUGGGAGCUCGCAGGGUGGGGGCAGGGCUGGCUCUUCCCAGCGGCUGCUGGGGUCUCUCUGCAGACUUAGCAAGAGCAGGGCACUGCAGUGGAAGGCAGCAACUGACUCAGUCCCGGCCUAGAUGGGGACCCCCCCAGGGAAAGAGCAGGUGAUGGAUGGUGCCCUUGGCUGGGGUGCAGCUUCACAGAGGCAGGAGAAGAGGGGGCUAGACAAAGGUCCAUUGACGCAGCCUUGUGUUCUAGACUUGCCCAGUCUGCCAGCGCUGCACCAAGCAAUAACCCUCUAGAGACUCUCAAUCACAUUGGACCCAUUUUUUAAAGGAUUUACUUAUUUUGCUGCUUGCAGGGGGGGGGCAGGACUAGCUCUUCUCAUUUCGGACACAGCCCUCCUGUUUCUCCUCCUUGUGUCUGUUUAAAGCAGCCCCCGCCCAGGGCCAAGGCAGGGGGACAUGAAGCUCACCCGAGUUUCAGUGAAGGCUGGCAGCUAUACCUGAUCUCUUUGACUGUGAAUUGGAACAUUCUGCAUCUUGGCUGGCUGGGGGGCCUGGCCUCACGUUCAUUCUUAUGUAUAGUUUGGUUGAAAGUACUGGCCUGUUCUCAGAGCAUUCCAUGGAGCUGCUCUCUCCCUGUGUAAGCAGCGACUUCCUCUGGGCCCGAGGCCAUGCUGAGGACUCAGGGAGAGAGAGAAAGAAGCUUCUGUCCAUUCCUGAAAAUGGCUUUUAGUUCUCUGUCUUCCUUGGGGUGGGUUUGUGUUCCACACCCUUGGAUCUGAGAUUAAAGAAAACAUAAACCUCUCCCAA